AUGAACGUAACUAGUUUGGUUUCCGUUUUACUCGUUGUUGUUGCCCUUGUUGUUUUGGUUGUGGCCUUGGGUUUCUUUUUUACUAAAAAAGAAAAGGCCGGGGCCGAAGAAGGAGAGGGAACUAAGGAAGUCCCUUCCACGGCAGGUGGCCCAGGUGUUCCUGGUGUUCCGGGUGCCCAAAAUGUUCUCAAUGUUGUAACUUAUUUGAGAGACGACAAGGUUGAAGAGUUGAAGAGUAUGCCUAAUUCACAACUUUUCGAUGCAAGAGCAAAACAAGAUUAUAAAUUUGGAGAUGUAACAGUAGCAGUUGCUGUUGCAGAAGUAGAAAACUAUCCUGGAUAUACAAAAUUUACACACACACUUCCUAAUCCUUUUAAACCUGAAUAUUUAAUGUUCGAUUCAUUUGUAAGGCACGACUCAUUUGAGGACCCCGUCGUAAGCUUAACCGCAUAUUGGUGGUUUAAUUCACUCUUAUUUUUAACUUUUAAAACAUUAAAUGAAGCUGGUUCUUCAGCUAAGUAUUACCAUUUCACUGGCCUCCUCAGUGAAUCUGGUUUGGUUUGGUCAAAGUUCGUCGUUGAUCCGACAAGGCUUCUCGACCCUGGUGUUUUGGGCGCUAAACUCGACGAGCUUAAUGCUGCAUUAGGCAAUGCCGUUGUUAUGAAUUUGGAUGAAUUCGUUGAAGGUGCAAGCGGAACUUAUACGACAGAGUUAUCGGGUUUCGUCACGACCUUUACCUUAACUAAGGCUUCAUUUACAAAAGACGGCUUUUACAAAGUAACACACAAACUUUUGAACCAGGUUUCUGAAGGGUCAAAAGCAUUUAAACUUAAAAGACUUGAAUUUUCUGGUUCAGAAUUAAGUGAUGUGACUCUGCCAAAUAAGCCUGUUUUAUACGCUUUAGUUUAUUGGUGGUACAACAUGCCACUUUUGGUUGAAUUCGACCUCCAAGGAGGUACUCGCGAAUACCUAACAUAUAACUUUGAAACUAACAAUUGGUUAAAUGAUACGGUUACAACUGUUAGGACUAAGUUGAAUAAAUUGAAGGAUAAUGUCGGAGUUCCUCUUGUUCUAGAUCUGAGUAAAAGACAUGGUCGCGAAGAUGUCACCUAUACUACAAACGAAGUUCUUGUCAGGGUAUCGGUUAAUGACAAUUCUAAUGCCGGUUUCGCAAAGUAUACUCAUAGAUUUGCAACUGGAAAAUCCCAUUUCGUUGGUUCUUUUUUGAAUGCCGGAACAACUCAAAUGGGUUUGCCUGUCGUGAGGCUUAAUGAACUUUCGGUUUACUUCUCUGACGAUGUUCCUCUUCUUUUAGAAAUGAACUUAGCUCUUUCUGGCGGUUCAGCUAAUAAACUUGUUUAUUAUACCUCAAACGGUUUUGGAUUUUGGACCAAGUCUGUUCUAGGCCCUGAUCUUAGAACUCCGGCAGCACUACUUAAGAAGUUGGUUGCCGAUAACAAGAAACUCGUCGCAGAUAAUGAUAAAUAUGUGGUUGAUGUCUCUGCAAAGAAUAAUUAUCUAUCACUUGGAAAAUUGUUGACUGUUACAAAAGUAUCUGAUCAAUCACAUUUUCAAGAUUAUGAACUUUUUCUCCACAAAGAUAAAAAUAAUGCUCCUUUUAAGUUUGAGAAAUUAUCCGUAGCCGGUAAGGAUGUUAAAUCCGAGGGUGUUGUCUUACAAUCAGGUGCAACUGCAGCUACCGUUUACUGGUUCCUGGAUAAACCUCUUGUAGUUAAACUGGAAGGUACCCUACCAGCAACACCACCUCCUAGAACUUCUUCAUCUGAGGCUGAACAGCAGUCUCAAGUUCCCCAACAGGACAGUCGACAAUCUGCUCAGAGUCGUGUACAAAAUGCCUCAUUCACCAAUUAUUAUGCAUAUAAUGGUGAGUCUGGGUUGUGGAAGAGGACUGAAUUAGAUUCUGCUGCACGUACUGAUACCAAUGCUGGUUUAAAGAAGUUGUUGGAUGACUCAAGAGCUUCUCUUGGUUCAGUAACUGUUAAUGUAGGGCAUUCUGCUGGCACUUAUAAGUCUGGGCCUGUGACUGUCGUAGUUACUUCUGAACCAUUUGAUACAAAGAAGGAAACUCUUUAUGACAAAAUGGUUCAUGAACUUUCGUCUCCAUUCACACUUGGAAAUCUUAAAAGUUUCGAUUUUGUACUUAGUCUUAAGCAGAACAAGGCGAAUUCGAAUGGUCAACUGGAAGAUUUCCUACUGAAGGAUUUAGUUCUUAAAAAAGUGGAAGUUUAUGUAUAUAAAUACGUCCCCCUUGCAUUAAGGCUAGUUUUAAAAAAUGGAACAAUGCACUAUUUUUCUAACACUGUUGAUAACUCCACCUGGGUUCUAUUUACUCCAACUGCAAACAAAUCUGUGUUAUCAACCUUGCAUGAUGUCAGAGCUAAAUUAAACAAAGUUUCCACAUUGGAUGUUUGUAGGAAGCUAGCAGGUGGUGCAGAUACUACUUAUGAGCUUGCUAAAGAUGUUGGUGAUGAAAGGGUUCAAGUAACACUAUCUCCUGUGGAGGUAUCUAAUCCUGGGUUAACAGGACUUGUACACAAGUUCCCUUCUGAUGUUAAAUUAUCCUCAAUGACUUGUAAUGGUGAACUCUUGACUGGUUUGGAUUACGAUUCUGUUCGAAAUGUAUAUGUCUAUAACAGAGGUGAAGUUCCCGUUGUAGUUAAAACCAAUUCUGAUCCAAAGUUUUUCAGAAGUGAUGGAACCGGUUUAUUGACACUCCACCCUCUUCCUCAGGGAGUAAACGAUUUGAACGCAGAACAGGUCGUAACCCUUUUGAAUCAGGUUUCUGAAGAUCUUGGGCCAGUUUUCGAACUUAACCUUCAAACUAAGACAUCAUAUACUGCAGGAGGAGCGGCUGUUACUGUUACUCCCAAACCACUAAACGAUGAUUGGAACCUUUAUACUCACUCAGCACCAGAAAAUGUUCAGAAGUUUACUGUUUCUAAAUUUCUUAAAGGAACUGAAGAUGCUACCGGACUUCCACAUUCCUCUUCUUUUUCAUCUGUAGUCGUUGGUUUAAAAGGUGAUGUUCCCCAUGUUUUAGCCUUAAAGACAGUGAACAAUCCAAGGUAUGUUUGGUACGUUUUUAACAAAUACACUUGGCUCCUUGAUUUUGAAAGCGACGAACUCCUAGAAGACUCCGAGUUGUUGGCAUACAUGUUGGAUGUCGAAGAUGGACUUGACAAUGAAUAUGAUUUCGAGCUUUCUCCUGGACUUCACAGCGAUUCAUUUGCUCUCGAUUACCACGAUUUAUAUCUCGAUCUUGAAUCUUACAAAUAUUUAUCUUAUGUUCCAUUUUCAAACAAGUUCCCAUUCUUGGUCAAUUCACUAAUGUACGACUCUGUUCUACUUGAAGUACCUGAGCUUAAUACUAAACACCUUAAGUGGCUGUCAGCAUACACUCUUUGGAAAGUACCUGUUGUCUUUAAUGCAUUCACUCAUGAUAAUAAACAUUUGUUUUAUGAAAAUACUUUUGAAGGGUCCUGGAAAAGGUUUGAACUUGCAGACCUUUCAGAAGAAAAAUUAAAUGCAAAGUUAAAGGAAGUUAAAGACAGGGCUUCAGGUAACUUCUCACCUGAACUUACUAUGCAAACUUCUUAUGUAAAAUACGGCUUUGCUGUCGAUGUUACUCCAUCAAAUGUUAAUGGUGAUUCCGGAUUUAAGAAAUAUGUCCACAAAUUACCAAGAUUGGCUGGUCAAACACAGGAUAAAGCAUUUAAAGUUCCAUUUUUGACCUACAACUAUGUUCCUCUAAAUGCUGUUAUGCCAAAAGGUACAAUGACGCAAGUCGAAGUAUAUCAAAAUGGUGAUGGCGUACCACUGGGUGUUUAUCUUCUUGCUACCCAAGCUGCUGCUGCUUCUGAUUCUGGAGGAGCUUCUACUACUACCUCUAAACAAACUCAUAACUACUUCUUUAAUACAUCUGGUGAGUGGGUUGCACAUGAUAAUACUGAUGCCGCACUCGAUGUUAAUGUUUUGAAGACAAAGCUCACUGAGGCAAACAAAUUACUUGGUUUCUAUGUUGAUGUUGAUCUUGCCCGUAAACUACCGUAUGUAUUUUCAAAAGAUGUAAAGGUUAAUCCUGCAUCAGGGUCGACUGAUCAAGGGACCACAGAGAAAAAAGCUGUUGAUUUCCUGGUAUCAUUUAACCCGAAGCCUUUCUACAAAUAUACUACAUAUACUCAUGUCCCUCAAGUUAGAGUCGGUACAGAUCCUGUAAAAACUCAGGAUUUUGUACCAUUUGUUGCUUCCUUCAAACAAACUGGAAAACUUCUAAAGGGAUUCGAACUUUCCAAGGUUGUUAAAUUUACAGUUUAUUGGCUAGAUGAUGCCUUUCCUUUGUUUGUUCAUGUUACUACCUCUAACUCAAACAAGUACUACGGUCGCAAAGAGGAUGAUGACUGGGUUUUGCUUAAAACCUCCACUAAUGCUCUUGAUGAUGUCGGUCUAUAUUGGUUAUUGACAAUGGCAAGAAAGAACUUCGCUUAUGGCGCAGAUGUUGAGUUGAGUGGAGGGCUUGCCGAAGGAUACUGGGAGAGGUACUUCACUAAUGGCCUUGCUAUGAAAGUGGUUGAUCAAGGAUUAGUUGGUACAGCUUUUAAAUCUUACCUCCAUACCUCAGCUUCAGUUUUAUCCCCUACUUUUAAGCUUCAGAAUUUUAACCUUUGGGGGAAUUUUGUAUACAAGGUUCCUAAUUUAGGAUUUACCCACUAUGUAAGGGUUUUCACUGAUUUACAAAACUUCCCUCUUCUUGUGGAAGUGGGAAGCUCACUAUACAAUUCAAGAAAUGGGCCCCUCAGACAUUACUACUUUAAUUACUUUCCUGACCCUAACUUUGGUUGGUUGGUCCAUAUGGUACUUGAGUCUAAAGCCAGAUUGAAUCUUGAUGGUCUAUUAAAAUUACUUCAACCCUUAGCUAAUCACUCAGCCAAUGUUCACUCUUUGUCGCUUGAUAUGAAAGGACGUUAUGAUAGUAAGACUGGCCGUAGUGUUGAUGUUACCAAAACAAAUACUACUCCUGUUUCUGAAUUCGAAGUUUGGACCCAUACACUAGCUGAUCAGUCUCUAAAGACUCUUUUGUUGAAUCAUAACGGAAAACUAGUAGCACUCGUAAAUAAAGUUUUAAAAUUUAAACUUGCAAAAGUUUACUGGCUCAAGGGGGUUCCCGUUCACGUAGAGCUUGAAUACGAUGGCCAGAAGGAGAAUUCCGAAAAGGUUAAGGAUAGAUUACAUUAUUUCUGGACUGAUGGAGGUGUUUGGAAUAAUUCACUUGGUUCACUAGUGACAAAGGAUACCCUAGUUUCUGGUCUAAAUGAUAAACUAUUGUCUUACUACACCUUAAAUGUCACAUUAGAUUUGGGUAAGAGGCUCAAAUCCCUUGUGACUGGAUGGCCUACUGAUUUACCACUAGUGGAAUACAAACACGAAAACUUUGAUCUUCCAGUUGAAAUGGUUGGAUAUCGUCUUUUUUCUAGUGAUACUGGAUUCAAACUUGACAAAGUCAAGAAUCACGGAUUUGACUUUACCUGGUGGAAUUUGCCACUUCCAUCGAAUAAUGUAUACCGUGUAGUAGUUUAUAGCGCGGACUAUUUCUAUUCCCCAGUAUUUCUAGAGUUAUUAUCCAAAUCUACCGGAUCUGGUGAUAAUAAUAUGCUGGAACACUAUCACUAUUACUAUGCCACAAGUUCUGGAAAUUGGGUGUUUUUGGAUACUAAUGAAAAGAAGUUGGAUCUUGGCCACCUUCGUCUUAAGCUUGAAAGCUUCCAAAAUCCUCUCCCAGUUUUGUUGGAUUUGGGCAAGAAGAAUGGCACAUAUGGCCUAAACGAACUAGUUGUUAAAAAAACAAUGCUCCAUUCAACUAACGCUUACGCUAAGUAUGUACAUAAGUUGACAAAUGGUGAAAGUUUCCUCACUGCUAAAUGGGUAUUUGGCGGGUUGGUUCUUAGCAAAUUACCUUUGGUAAGGGCCAAUUCCGUUGCCGUGUACUAUUACCAGGAUCUUGUACCAUUAUUAGUUGAAGUUGUUGGUGAUGGAUUAGUUCGACACUUUUCAGUAGACUCCAAAGGAGUUUGGCUUCCAGACAAUGUUUCUCCAACUGCAGUCCUAUCAUACCUUGAUUACCUAGUUCAUGACUUGAAACUGUUUGGUAAUUCUACUGAUGAAUGGGUUCCACUUCUUCACAAUAAGUUCCUUCAAGAAUUUGAAUUUGUGCCGGAGCCUCUUGCUCCAGCUGUCGAACUCGGUCGAUCGACUGAUGGUGCAACUCCCGUCUCUGCAGCAUCUCAAUCAACCACAGGAGCAACAGGUACUCAAGUUCCCACUUCUGCAGUAUCCACCACCCAAGUUAGCCUUGGAACUGUGGUAGAAACAAGAGCAGGAGUUUUAAGUACUGUGACUUCGCAGGAGAGACAACAAACAUCAAAUGUUGAAUCUACUGGCCAAGUUGCUCAAGUUGCUGCCGCUUUGUCUGGUUCUGGUCUCCAGGAUAAAGUGGUUGCUCAAGCUGUAGUGGGUGGAUCUGAUUCAACUCAGUCUACAGCACCUGGAACUCCUCGUGCUGAAGCUGAAGCUGAAGCUGCUCCCGCAGUCCCUACUGUAAAGGCAAGUGCUGGGGCAGAUGGAGUUUCGGGAUCAUCAAAUAGUGUUCUUCCAUUAUCAACUGCAGCACCAACGAGAAAACCUAGAAGAGCAUUCCGUUUAGUUCCUUUAGACUUUGACAAACUAUUCUUCGCUUAUGUAACCUUGGGAAAGCUUGUGGUUGUAAACAGGUUUGAAUACGUCCCAUACGGUUAUAACUUCUCGAGGCAUUCUCUACUAGGUUUUAAAUCAUUCUUUGACAAGUUCUUUUUAAAUGAUAGAAUGUAUUCUGUUUCUUACGAUCCCACACUUACUCUUGAAAAAAGAAAAGUAAAGUCUCUUGGUUUUUAUUCUUGGGCUGAUAAUCCACUACUUUUGAAGUUAGGUUUUGAUAAUAAAAAACCCAAAUUCUUCUCAUUUAAUAAAACUGCUCAUACUUGGAACGCUCAUGAGGUUGUAAACCUUGAUGAGGAACUCGAAGAUUUAAAUAACAGUUGGAACGAUGCAUUUGUGUUUGAAUUGUCUAAACCACUCAAAGUUGAAUACAAAUAUUAUAAUAAUAGUGCUUAUCGUACUUCUGUUGCUUCAACCUCAGAUGAUGCACCUUUUUAUUCUGUAGAAUAUAAGACAUAUAGGUACAAGCCAGCGAAAUCUAGUUUUGCUGAUGACGUUUACACUCUUCUCAAAUUCAAAGUUGCUAAACUUAGGUUAAAUGGAGUUGAUCUUUCGGUUGAUGGACUUCCCCUUGACAUGAGUUUUUAUAUGCUAAAAGUUUACUCUUCUAAAUCGCUUGGUAAGCCAUUGGUUCUAGUAUUGUCCGACUAUAAGGCUGAAGCUAGUGGAACUGCUUCAACUACUGUAACUGACAGUACUGUUCUCAAUACACACUACCAUUAUCAUCUAAACGCUGAAGGAUCCUGGACAUUCUUUGUAUCUGAAAAUGAUACUACUUUGAACAACAAACUGGUUGAACUUGAAAGAUUGUUUGCAGUACCAAAGGCAUUGGAUUUAGCAGUUGUCACUGGUGACGCAACCUCAGUAUGGUAUAAAACUAAGCAUGAAGAUUUUACUGUUGAUAGGGUCUACUUCCACCAACUCCAGCCUCGUGCUCAACAAGCAUCAGGGACUGAUGAAUCCUCGUCCGUUCCACAAUUUAAAGUUGUGGAUCCACUCGUAGGAUUACCUGUAAAGACUGAAUUACCUGGCUCCGGUUUAUUUUUAAAUGUUCCUCUUGCUUCCUAUAGAGUACCGGUUGGUCCAGAGCUUGAUUCAGGCUUUGAACUAUUUCUUCACCACAAACCAUACUUUUUGCAUUCGGUUGCUUCGACGCCUCAACAACCCGCCAGAUCUAGUUCUCAAGGUGAUGGAGCCGCACAACCAGCUGGUGGAGCUAGUGCAGCCGGCAGUGAUGCAGGUGUUGGUGCAGAAGUUGGAGGUGGCGCAGGCGCAGGCGCAAGCGGUCAAACUGCUCCCGUACAACCUGUUCAGUCUCCUGCUGGUGUUGUUAAGUUUCAAAAGUUUUUGUUGAACGAGUUGCUCCUUUCUGGAUUUCGUCUAGAUUUUUCUGAACCUUUCAACGCUCUUGAAGAUGGAUACGCAGGUUUAACGGUGUAUUACCAAAAGAAUGCAACCGUCCCCUUCAUGUUUGCAUUGUUUGCACCUCUUGAAAACUCUGGAUCCGUUGAUAAGGCAUCAUAUCAUGUCUGGGUUUACAGAGAACUCAAAUGGGUGAAGACCACUGAAUUGGAAGAAUUCCACAAACUCAUGCGUUCAGUUGAAUUGAGACUUGAUUUGACUGAAUUUGUAGAACUACUUCCAAAAUUCUGGCAAUUGUUAACCAAAUUUUCAAAUGAAUCCAAGGCACUCUUAACUAAUCCAUUCUGGCUCGAUCUGAAACAAGACGAUCGUGUUACAUAUGGAGAUGUGGUUGUAACUAGAGACGCUGAUGUUCUUCCCGAAUUCAACCUUGUCAAGGUCACUUUCACUCCUUCACUAAACAUGGGAGAUUCAAAUGCUGCAAACUUUACCUUGCAAAAUGUGACAACCUUCGGAAACAAGUAUGCAGGCUUCAAAUUUCCUCUUCGGGGAGUUGUGAGGGUAAAUGUAUACUUUAGAAAUGAACCUGAUCGCUAUGCCAAAUUCCCAGCUCUGAUGGAAUUUGUUCAGAAAGCUCCUGAAAGUGGAGUUAAUAAAUUAAAUCACAAUUUUUAUGGUUAUCAAGGUGGUAAUGAGUGGAAAUUCCUUUUUAACUCUGUGAAUAAGCUCGAAGAACAUGAAGUUUCAGACCUCGUCAGUUACCUCUUGUACCAAUACUACAGAGUAUCUAGAUUACGCGAGAAUGCUUUACUACUUGAUCUAGACACUAAGUUCUCUCACUUGAGUUGGGGUCGUUUCGUAGAUUCUGUUGAGUUCCGUCACGAUCCUACUGCAAAUGCACCCCUAAGUCCAGUUCCUGAAGGAUUCCUUCUUUACAGGCACUCUAUGGCUACCGAGAACACCACCUUUACUCUUCCUUUUUUCAAGUUACAAGGGCAUGUAAAGGAAACUGGAUUCAAACUUCCUUUUGCUGAGUAUUUCGUGUAUUAUAAGGUAGGGGAAUAUGUACCAUUUGUUUUUGUGUUGGCUCAAGCUGACAGUCUUAAGAAAAAGGCUGAACAUCACUGGUACUUUGUUAAAAAAGACGGUUUCGUAAAGUUUAAAUUUGCUGAAGACGUCGAUCCUGAUAAUAAGGACAGUAAGACUAAGGUUUCUGACAAGUUUAAAGAACUUUUAAAUGCCGCUCCAACUCCGUUGAAUGAGCAGGAUUCAUUGAAAGCACUACCCACGGGGACUACUGUUACAUACCCUACUUUCCCUGCAACAGAUUCUGGAGUUUUAUCCAAACCAACGAAUGGGGUGCUAUCUAGAACUGGCUCCCAAUCCCGUCCCAAAAGACAGGAUCCUAGUGGACAAUUCGACGUAGGUUCUGGUGGUGAUGGAUGGUUCUAA